GGGGGGCCAGCCUAGGGAACUGAGGAUUGUCCUUGUUGGGAGGAGAUUGGAAGGAGAGGACAAUCUCCUAAAGGAAAAGCAGGCCCCAAGGUUUGCCAGGUUUGAGAAGGAAGUAUGCCCAAGAAAGGCAGUGGCCCCUAGUUUCCUGUGCUGGGUGGUGCCCUGACACUCAUAGGGAAAGAUCACUGCUGGACACCUGGAUCGGGUCUGUCAUGUCCAGAGGAAGCAUCUGUUUUGUCAUCCGCCUGCUCUUCCGCCAUCCGAACCCCCUGACGGUGCCAUCCUACAGGCCAUGGAGAAUGAGCUGCCGGUCCCCCAUUCGUCUAGCAGUGCCAGUGUCCCCAGCAGUGCCAGCGGGGUCAGUAGCAGCAGUGGUGGGAGUGGCCGCCCCGCUGGGCCCCAGAUUUCUGUCUACAGUGGCAUUCCUGACCGGCAGACCGUGCAGGUGAUCCAGCAGGCCCUGCACCGGCAGCCCAGCACUGCGGCCCAGUACCUGCAGCAGAUGUACGCGGCGCAGCAGCAGCACCUCAUGCUGCAGACGGCGGCGCUGCAGCAGCAGCACCUCAGCAGCGCCCAGCUCCAGAGCCUGGCAGCUGUGCAGCAGGCAAGCCUGGUGGCCAACAGACAAGGGAGCACCUCAGGCGGCAGUGUGUCUGCACAGGCCCCAGCCCAGUCGUCCUCGAUCAAUCUGGCAGCUUCCCCAGCAGCAGCCCAGCUCAUCAACCGGGCUCAGAGUGUCAACUCAGCAACAGCCUCGGGCAUUGCCCAGCAGGCUGUGCUCUUGGGCAACACAUCUUCUCCAGCCCUGACUGCAAGCCAAGCACAGAUGUAUCUGAGGGCACAGAUGCUCAUCUUCACGCCCACGGCCACCGUCGCUACUGUGCAGCCUGAGCUCGGCACUGGCUCCCCCGCCCGGCCCCCCACCCCUGCCCAGGUACAGAACUUGACCCUCCGAACACAACAGACACCAGCUGCAGCAGCCUCGGGCCCUAACCCCACUCAGCCUGUCCUGCCCAGCUUGGCCCUGAAACCCACGCCAGGUGGUAGCCAGCCUCUGCCUACCCCAUCACAGGGCAGAAACACUGCUCAGGGUUCCCCCGCAGGUGCCAAGUCUGGCCUAACUGACAGUGUGAUGGAGCCACUCAAGAAAGGAGAUGGCAACAGCAGUGUGCCAGGGAGCUUGGAGGGCCGGGCUGGGCUCAGCCGGAUGGUGCCCACUGUGGCUGCCCAUCCCCUCAUUGCACCAGCCUAUGCCCAGCUGCAGCCACACCAGCUCCUCUCGCAGCCGCCUUCAAAGCACCUGCAGCCCCAGUUUGUGAUCCAGCAGCAGCAGCAGCCAGCACAGCAGCAGCAGCCCCAGCAACCACGGCCCACCCUCCAAGCCCAGUCCCACCCCCAGCUCGCCUCAGUCCCUCCGAGCCUGGCCCUGCAGCCCAGCCCCGAAGCCCAUGCCAUGCCUCUAGGCCCAGUUACAUCCACCCUGCCUCUCCAGUGCCCCGCCGCCAACCUGCACAAGCCUUGCAGCGCACAGCAUUGCCGCCCUUCCACACCAGACGCUGGGCCUCACAAUGGAUAUCCCGAGGGCCUGUCCCACACCCCUCAGCGCAGGUUCCAGCACGCCUCCACAGUCAUCCUACAGCUCCAGCCUGCUUCACCAGUGCCCCAGCAGUGCACCCCAGAUGACUGGAAGGAAGUGGUACCGGGGGAAAAGAGUGUGCCUGAGGCUCGGUCCGGCCCAUCACCGCAUCAGCAAGCCAUCGUCACUGCCAUGCCCGGUGGCCUGCCCGUACCCAGGAGCCCUAACAUCCAGCAGUCCCCAGCUCACGAGACAGGGCAGGGCAUUGUUCAUGCACUGACCGACCUCAGCAGCCCCGGCAUGACCUCAGGGAACGGAAAUUCUGCCUCCAGCAUCGCCGGCACUGCCCCCCAGAAUGGUGAGAAUAAACCACCACAGGCCAUUGUGAAACCCCAAAUCCUGACGCAUGUUAUCGAAGGGUUUGUGAUCCAGGAGGGGGCGGAGCCUUUCCCGGUGGGACGCUCGUCCCUGCUGGUGGGGAAUCUCAAGAAGAAGUAUGCACAGGGGUUUUUGCCUGAGAAACUUCCACAGCAGGAUCAUACCACCACCACUGACUCCGAGAUGGAGGAGCCCUAUCUGCAAGAAUCCAAAGAGGAGGGUACUCCCCUCAAACUCAAGUGUGAGCUCUGUGGCCGGGUGGACUUUGCCUACAAGUUCAAGCGUUCCAAGCGCUUCUGUUCCAUGGCUUGUGCAAAAAGAUAUAAUGUGGGAUGCACCAAACGAGUGGGGCUUUUCCACUCAGACCGGAGCAAGCUGCAGAAGGCAGGAGCCACGACUCACAACCGCCGUCGGGCCAGCAAAGCCAGCCUGCCAACGCUUACCAAGGAUACCAAGAAGCAGCCAACAGGCACUGUACCCCUUUCAGUUACUGCUGCAUUGCAGCUAACACACAGCCAGGAAGACUCCAGCCGUUGCUCAGAUAACUCAAGCUAUGAGGAACCCCUGUCACCCAUCUCAGCCAGCUCAUCCACCUCCCGCCGGCGACAAGGCCAGCGGGACCUAGAGCUCCCUGACAUGCACAUGCGGGACCUAGUGGGCAUGGGACACCACUUCCUGCCAAGUGAGCCCACCAAAUGGAAUGUAGAAGAUGUCUACGAAUUCAUCCGCUCUCUGCCAGGCUGCCAGGAGAUAGCAGAGGAAUUCCGUGCCCAGGAAAUCGAUGGGCAGGCUCUGCUGCUGCUCAAGGAGGACCAUCUGAUGAGUGCUAUGAACAUCAAACUGGGGCCUGCCCUGAAGAUCUACGCUCGCAUCAACAUGCUCAAGGACUCGUAGGGCUGGCCGGCGCGGCCACGGUUCUGGCCCAGGACGCCUCCUCCCAGCUGAGCAGAGCCAGACAGACAUUCCUGAGGGGCCCAGACAUGGGGCCAGUUGGAGGGCAGGGGCUCUCCCUAUGGGGCAUGGCUGGUGGGGAGGUGUUGGUACCUCUCAGUGGCUCUCAGGGGCCUUUCUUUCUGUGGGAGGGGCAGAGAGGUAGGUGGCGCAGAAGAUGGGGCUUUAUGCUUGUAAAUAUUGAUAGCACUGGCUUCCUCCAAAGUCCCAAUACUCUAGCCCCGCUCUCUUCCCCUCUCUCUGUCCCCCAUUUUCCAGGGGGUAUAUGGUCAGGGCUCCCAACCUGAGUUGGGUUACUUCCAAGGGCAGCCGUCAAGCCUGGCUAGAGGCCUUGAAAGCCCUUGUGUGGGCUUUCCUUCUCCAGGCCUGGCUGACUCUCCUGACACCAGCUUCUCCCCCUUCAGCUUAUUUCUGAAGCAGCCAGGUGUUUUCCCCUUCGCCCUGUGCAGGUGGAGAGAGAGAAGCUGGGCCCAGUGUGGCCAUGCCUGCUGGCACAGACGCCUUAAACGCUGUGUGUGUGACUGUAUGACUGUGUGGGAGCCUGGACUGACAGACAGGCCAAGAGCCACCCUCUGGACUCUCCAGGUGUUUUGUAGCAAACAGCCACUUAGUGCUUUGUCCUGGACUCCACUCAGCCUCAGGAUGGGGAAUAGAAAAGAAGGGCAGCCCCAGUGCAGAGGGACAAGAUCAGAAAGCGACGAAGGCUAGAUGUUCCUCUCCAGACUGCUCACGACAACUCUGAAGCCCCUACCCCACAUUGUGAAGUCCCCCUGACUGCCCUGCUGUCACAAACAACAUUAAGGAAGCUGCCGGUGGGCUGGGCCACAUAGUCCGGUGGGCGGGCUGGGUCAGGCUGAGCCUCCUGCCCGCCGGCCCUGGGAGCCCCAGUGGUGAGGACCAGACGGCCUCUGAGGGAGAGCAGAGCUGGAGUGACCACCGAGAAGAAGGCAGCCUCUGGGCUCUGGGACCCCAGCAGCAAUGGGAGCUACCUGCAGAGGAGGCGGGGCAGGAAGGGCGAGGGCCUCCUCUGACUUGCCCUGUCCUCUAGGCUCCAGGGGGAGAGUGGGCCUCUCCCCAGAAGAGAUGGCCGCCUUCUUCAGCUUGUUCUAUUCCCCACUCACCGCAGGCAGGGUUGGAAAUGAAGGACUUUUUUAACCUUUUUGUUUUUAAAAAAUAAAUCUGUAAAAUCUA